UGUCUUCUUACCCCCCUUAUUCUUAGAUGGAGACUGGUGACAUGAUUGAGGUCAACAGAGGUCAAUACAAACACUGGGCUCUGUACAUUGGACAUGGAAAGGUCAUCCAGUUGAUAGUUCCAGAUGGGCCUUCAAAAGUAGCUUUCUGCAGUUUUAGCUCAUCCAGCGGCAGUGUUUCCUGCAAAGGCAUGAUAACAAUAGAGACAUUACAGGAUGUGGCAGCAGGAAAUACUUACAAAAUCAACAACUACUUGGAUAACAAGUACAAACCAAGGCCGACUGACGUCAUUAUGGGGGAAGUGGACAAAAUGAGAGGCCGCACAAUUAAAUAUGACCUCCUUGGAAACAACUGCGAGCAUUUUGUUACUUUCCUCCGUUAUGGCAAAUCAGAGUCCAAACAGGCAGAUGACUUCAUGAAGAAGUUGCUUGGUUGAGUGGCCGCUGUUGCAGCAAUCAAAACGAAAACCAUAACAGAAUCACCCAACCACAACAGGACCAAGCGGCGUGGUAACAGGCAACAGCAACAGCAGGAGCAACAAAAUCUGGACUACACAACUUGGGAGGAGAUGGACAGGUGGGCGGUCGACCCAGGGAGAGUGCCGGAGCCCGCCUGGGAUUUGAUGGAGCAGUGUGCGGAAGGUUACGAGAGAAUGAGGUUGGCAAAGCAAGCACGGCGGCGCGGAAGGGAGGCCGAGAGUCAGCUCCAAAAAUUUCUUGGGGGGGGGGGGGCUCAGGGAGAGUGUGGCAGAGUCAGGAGUCAGACCUGAGUCAACUCUCCCUGUUUAUCGUGAGGAGCCAAGGAGGAGACCAGAACCAGAGCCGGUGUUGGAGUUGAGCGAGGCAGAGACUGUGAAGGAGUUAAUGGGGAGAGCCUUC